CCAACAAGUCCCGUACAGAUACCUACAAAGUCAAAAAAGAUCGCCGCCCAUGGUAAUCCUCCACACCGCGCUCACCGGAAUCAUGACGAACGCAGGCAUCGUUCCAGCUCUCCGCGAUGGAGGGAUACCUACUCACCUGAUGCGAUCCCACCGUCUGUCGCCGCGCUGCUGGCCGUCACAACCAUUCCUGCCCCGAGGAGGAACUCGCGACAGCGUCCGGCCAGGGAGACAGAAAAGCGCAUGACCGUCGAGUCCUUCCUGCAGAGCGAGGAUUCGGAGAAGGAACUCAGCUUGAACUUCAUCAGAGGGCCUCUAGAUGUCUUGCUAAGCCCACCUGAGGAACUGGCGGAUGAUUUCUUGUCGGCUGGAGAGGACCCCUUUAUGUCACCUAUGUCGACCCGCACGGUGUCCUGCGAGUCUGUGCCUUCGCUGGCAGACUCGUUUUCGACAGAGACGUACUCAUCUGUCGAGAGCCCCCACAGCGCCUCAAGGCCUCGGAGGAUACGUCCUAUGAGGAAGUCACUCACACCAGUCUCCUCGCCCCCGGGUCAGAAUGAGGACCACCCUCUCUACCGACGCGAGACGGACGCAGAGGAGCUGGACCUCACCGUCUUCGAUCCCUCACCUGAAAGCGAGGAGGAGAAGAAGGAAGGGACGAAGAUGUUUGGACCAUUCCGGUCCGCCUUCAAAUCGAAUCUGACUGCCAGUCUACGCGCGUUACGGAAUGCUGCACGGUCUUUCUCAUCUAUGAACAUGCCCUCGAUCCCACCCGAGGACUUCCUGACGAGGUCAAUUCUGACCCUGGAGCCCAACGUACCGUUCACCGACGAGCGUAUGCCGCCCACGCUAGAGGAAGAGCCCUCGGCUGCCGUUCGCAGGUAUCUCAACCCGACUCAGACGGCUCGCUUGGAGUCGCAAGCCAGCUCUUCUGCGGCGAGUCCUCAUGGCUCUUUUACGGCUUCCAUCCAGAUGCAGACGUAUAAGGUCCACCGAUCGCGAAGCGCACCACCAGGCACCCGUGCAUCGCGCUCCUCCAGCGAACCAUCAGCCCGAGGGAAGGAGGCUGUGUUCUCGUUCCCUCCAGGCCCACGCCAGCGUGAGAUGCGGGAAAAUUCUGACUUUAUCCGUGUGGCUGUUAUGGAGAUGGCCAUGCGCAAGAACGGCAAGCUGGACGAGCAACGCCCCGGUCGAGCCCGAUGGGCCCUCCCUCCGAGAAAAGCGAGCGCGAGGGCAUACGAGAUUGGCGCUGAUGGCGUUCCAGCUCGAUGGGUUCCGGUUACACAUUGA